ACUCGGUCACGUGACUUUUUCCGUUUCGCCAUUUUCCCCUUCUGCACCGGUCCUCUAGCCUGCGGUAGCCUGUAGCAAUACUCCGAAAUUAAACCUGUCCGAGGCUGACGGUGGGGUCGAGGUAAACGGUACGAUAACCUUCUCCCGUCGCGUCUUGGGCCCGUAAAUACUGCGAGAAUGUCAUCCGAAGAGAGCCCCGAGUACUCGCCGUUCUUCGCUGUGAUGGGAGCCUCCGCGGCCAUGGUCUUCAGCGCUCUAGGCGCAGCGUAUGGAACAGCAAAAAGCGGCACGGGCAUCGCUGCUAUGUCUGUGAUGAGGCCAGAGCUCAUUAUGAAGUCCAUCAUUCCAGUGGUCAUGGCGGGUAUCAUCGCCAUCUACGGGCUGGUGGUGGCAGUGCUGAUAGCGAACAACAUCUCUGAAAGGGUCACGCUCUACAAGAGCUUCCUUCAUCUAGGCGCCGGUCUGAGCGUGGGCCUGAGCGGUCUGGCGGCCGGCUUUGCAAUCGGCAUCGUAGGGGACGCCGGCGUGAGAGGCACGGCCCAGCAGCCCCGCCUCUUCGUGGGCAUGAUCUUGAUCCUGAUCUUCGCCGAGGUGCUGGGGCUUUACGGCCUGAUCGUGGCUCUUAUCCUAUCUACAAAAUAAGCAUCUGCAUCAGCACCAUUUCAUCCAUUCCACAUCCAAGCAGCGAGAACAAAGAGUUUCACCAACUUCCAUGACACCAAGAGGGCCUGACAGGAUGGGAUGGCAAGCUGAGGCGUGUUGCCCUUGGACCUGGCAGUUUUGUCAUCACUAGUUACGAUCUGUCCAAAUUGUGUUUUUCCCCAAGCCAUCCGGUUGUGUCAGGUGCAGUGUACAGAGCAGGCAUGAAGAUGUUUUGGUUGUUGUGGGAUGAUGUGUGGACAGUCUGCCUGAUGUGUUGUCUGAUCUUAUCCUGUACAGUGAUCACCCCUAGUAAAUGUAGUAAUCAGUCUGUGCUGUGCUGAGUAUCAACGUUCACCUCCCUGCCCUAAUUCAAUUUCUGCUUUUGUCACUCUUAUCCGACACAACAGCGGAAUUGUGCACAUCAGUAUUUUCUUUUAUUUGAAUAUUAUUUUUGGGGACCAGUUUUGAAUCACAGCAGUGAAGAGCUGUCAACUUUAUUUUUUUGUUUUUUGUUUUUUGUUUGCUAUUUAUGGAACGCUAUGAAGACUUAAUGAAACUGUCUAAAUGGAGUACUGUUUAUUGAAUACCUAUACUGUAUACAUUAAAAUAUAUAAAUUAUAUGUGUAUAGUUAGAGUAAUUGCGCCGUUGGUAAUUGUUCUAAGUGCUUGAAAUUCCUCUGGAUGUAGUGUGAUUUAUCAAUGGAGGAUGUCCACGUUAGUAUGAAAUUGAAAGUGUGCUUGAUCUGAGUGAAUCGUGUGCAAGUGAAUUUAUGUUUACUAUGGCAUCCUCAAACACUAUCAUAUUGUUAACCUGUAGUGCUGCUGUCUUGAUUUUGUUUGUUUUAAGGUCAUUGUUCAAAUGUGCUAGUCAGAUUUCCGAAUAAAACUCAUCCACCUCCAGAA